UUUCAUGGGUCUGAAUUCUGCGGAUCUUCUGACCUUUGAGUGUCAAAGUUCAAACAGCUCAGUGUUUUUAUUCUCAAGUCUGGUUUCUGCUAACUCUAAAAUAAAUUAGAAGUUAAACAUGAUGAUGAACAAUGAUGCAGAAAAGAUAUUCCUAAUAUUUAUAAUAAAAUGUGUUUUUAAUGAAGCUGUUUUCUGCUGUCUGAGAAGUUUGGCUGCAGUGGAUCCUCCAGCUCCUCAGCUCAGCCCAGUUUUACCUGAACACAUCCUUCCCAACGCUACGCAUCCCAGAAGACUGAGGCAGGAGCAGUGUGCAGACUUCCUGUGACUUUUAACCCUUCUCUUCACUGUGAGAAGAUCACAUUCCUGAAAGGACUUCUGUUUGGCUAAAGUCAUGCUGCUCCUCCUAACUCAUGCUGGGAAUAUUUUUAGGAUCUGAAGGGACGAACUGCAUGAAGGUUUGAUUUUCCUACAGGAUGACGGACAGCUGAGCGGACCAACCAUAUCCAGAAGUUCUCCAUUAUGUGUGCGGGGCCUGGUUCUCCUAUCAGAGACACCGCCGGCGCCAGGCCUUGGUUCUGACGGGUCGACAUCGACUGUCUGACACAGAGGUUGGGCUGCACCAGCGGAUCUUGCAGCAGAUGGACUAUGAAGUCCAUGUGUCCCGGUUUGCAGAGUCCAGCAGCUUCCUGAGGACGCAGCAGGGUGUGGCUGGGUGGAGUCUCCUGCUGUGUCUCAGUACUUCAGAGCAGAGCUGUUUGAGGAGGGUCAGCUUCUGUCCGCUGCAGCAGCAUCAGAUGGUAAACUUGCUACCGGAGCUGAUGGAGGCGUUUUCAGAUGUGGGUGGAGGCCUGUGUCAGUUUGACCCACAGCUGGCAGAAUCUGACCUUCACAUGAAGCCUCACUCCUGUGGUUCGUCCAAUCAGAAGCCUCGCUUUCCUCAGGACAGACGCUCUCCUGACCAAGCCCGGUCUCCUGCUCUGGUUGCCAUGGUGAAUGUUUUUGUCCUGGUGACCUCUGUGACCCCUCUGACUUCCUUUAUUCAUGACAUCAGCGUGGUGAUGACCAACAAGAAUGUUCCUGGGCAACAGAUAGAGAUCAGAACGUUCCUGCUGCAGCAGCUGGGAGCACCCACCUCCCAGCAGGCCUGGCUUCAGAUCCAGAGGGUGGUUGGAUCGGUGCUGCAGGCAGCAUCGACCUAUCAGGACCAGGAAACAGGUGGCAGGUGUUUGUUGUGUUUCCAGCUGCUCACCUUCACUCUGAUGUUCAGCGGUUCCAUCACACCUGUCGUAGUACAGGUGGACACAGAGGUAACCUUCACGGCUCUGAAGGACACGUUCAGCAGACAGAUCAUCAAAGACCUGAUCCUGGAGGACAGCCUGCUCUUCCUGCUGCCGUUGCCCACUCACCUGCCCUCCGAGACUCACCUGUCUUUAGAAACCCUGAGGUGGCAGUACGGUGGCUGCAGAGGGACACACCGUACCUGUUUAUCCCAGGAUGAGUUUCUGCUUCUGCUCCGGUUCCACCAGCAGCUGAAGAGGCCCUCAGCCUUCCAGCUGCUUUAUCCCAGCACCUCUUCAUCGUCCUCCUCCUCAGCUCCUCUGAGCCUCUCUGACCUCCUCCUCAGGAUCGGUCGUCACUACGAGCUACAGAGGAGCAGCAGAGAGGUGAACAAACCGACCAAUCAGCAGUCAGCGUCCUUGCAGCCUGAAGGUUCUUGUGUAGACCCCCACCUCAGACAGAUCUACACUGAUCCCCCCCUCAUCCUGACUCCGCCCUUUAGCCCCGCCCUGAAGGAAUACCGCGCUGAGGUACCCUUCGACACAGUGACGGUUCGGAUCCGACCAGAACCCAUCAGUGCUGCCUGUGUAGUCCACUUGGACAACCAUCGAGGACCCGGGAUAGCAAACUUCCCAGUCGGCCUAGGGAACAGCCGGAUCAGCAUCCUGGUAACGGAUGCAGCAGAGCCUUAUCCCGUCGUCAUGACGAUCUACACGAUCCACGUGUACCGCGAGAGCCGGCCCAGCCUGCCCAUGUUUGGAGACCAUGUGACCUGCAGCUUCCUGCAGGACUGUGGUCUGCAGGUCCAGCCAGGUCUCUCCUGCGGUCUCCGGCCUCACUUCACAUCCCAGAGCCCGGUUCAGCCCUGCAGCUCAGGACAUGUCCCAGGUCGGUGGGUCAUUCCGUGUCUCAGUUGCUCCGACAACAGGACGUGUGAUUGGAGAGAGGUUACCUGGCAACCAGACGGCUGUUAUCACACGCUGGUGGAGCGCCUCCUGCUGCAGGACUGCAUGAUGGACAGGAAGGUGUUGUUCAUCGGGGACUCCACCAAUCGUGGCAUGAUGUACUUCCUGAUGGAGCGGGUCAACUCCAGCCUGGAGGACUGGGGAAAAGCUCACGACACGCUCGUCUACCAGAACCUGAACGCAGGACGGACUCAGGUCAGCUACUCGUAUUAUCCUCAGUUCUGGCUGGAAAAGAAGCAGAGACCAUCCUUCAGGGAGGCACUGCUGCAGCUUCUGAACAGGUCUCAACCAUUGGAAAACUCCAACCAGACAGUGCUGGUGGUGGGAGGAGUCCAGUGGCUCAACACCAACCACCUGAGGACGAUCCAGGAGGUACUGGACAGGGAGUCUCUCAGUGAGAUCCUGGUGGUGGUGAAGUCUUUGGGUAUGGGCUUCCACCUUCCUGUGGAUGGCAUCAGGUCUCUGAGUCUGAUGGAGAUACAAAACCUGUUCAGACAGAACGGAGACAUCAUCUCCACUGCAAAACAUCUGGGCUACGAGGUGAUCGACACGUUCAGCAUCACCAUGGGUCGAUACAAAGAGUUCUUGCAGGGACGAUGCGCCUGCCACUUCCAUGAGGUAGAGAAGAUCCAAUCCUCCAAACCCCCAGACAACAUGGCGUCCACCAGAAACAAGGGUAGAAUCACCAGAACCGGACCUGAACCUGACAGCCAAUCAACCGUGCUUGACGCAGAGCAGAAUGCCGGAUCGAACACUCCGACCUUCCACGUUAGAGGAGCCAUAAACCAGGAUCAAACAUGGAAGUCCAAGAGUCCAGCUGAGCUGGAAGUGACUGUUAUUUGGAAUUAUGUUUGCUUUAAUCAGGGAGAGGUGAAAAAAAUCCAAUCAGGUAACCUGAGUUUAUAAAAAUAAAAAAGAUUAUCUGGGAAAUCAAAAUAUUCCAAGAUCAUCAGGUUCCAACUGUAUCCUUUAAGGAAAAACUUCAUUAUCUAAAACCUUCUCUGAUUGAAAGGUUCACAUUCCCAGAAGUUUCCUGAACAGACGUUUCAGGCGUCCAAACAAGAGUUUUCCCAAGAGAGUACUUUUAGUUGUCAGUGCUGACAUUCCUGUUUCCAAAUGAAAAAGGUUUCCUGUUCCUAAAAAGCUUUUUUUUUCCCCAUCUGAUUUUUUUCCAAAAGGCUCUUCUAGUUACCGGCUGCCUGCAGUAAAUUCCCCAAAAUGUUUCCCACACUCUAUAUUUUUUCCAUUACUGCACCAGGAGUAUUCCUUUCCAAAAAGGAGAAUUCCCACAACCAAGACGAGUUUCUGCUUCUUGAAACAGGAGAAAUAGUAAAGUUUCAUACUUCCAAGAAAGUUCGCAAGAAACAUUUCGUUUCUCUACUAUAUUUUCCAAGGUUUGACAUUGGAAGCUUAUAUGUUGCUAAAGGUGAAAUUUCCAGUCUCCAAAAGAAAGAUUUUCCAUGAAGAAGGAAUCUGUUGUCCUAAAGAAACAUUACAAUUAGCACAGGAAGUUUGCUUCUUUCCAACAGGAAGUUGUUUCCUGCUGUUUCACAAACCGGAACGUUUGUUUUCGUGAGUAACGAAAAAAUCCGUCUGGAAUUCUGACUGUUUUCAUGUAUUUGAUAUUUUCUGUCACUGUCAGGUUUGAUGAUAAAUGAUGAAGACGUGGAAGAUGCACAAUUCCAGGCUUUUCCAGAGUAAAUGUUCAGAUUUCUCUAAACUUGAGCAUUUUUCAUUUUGAUCCAGACCCGGGAGGUCCGAAAACCCAACUCCAGGUUUUCCAAACUGAUUUCCAGAAGUAAUUUUAUAAAAGCAGCUUUAAAAUAAUUCAGAGAAUUUUUCAUUAAUUCCUGUUUUAGAUUCUGGUGUUCUAAUUCCCAGAAAGUUCUGCAGAAAAGAUCCUCUCAGAACAGACCAGCGGGGUUCUGAUCCAAAGGUUCUGUUGUGUUCUGACUCUUCUCUUUGAAAGAGCUGACCAGGUGACCCAUUUAGUCUCUGUAGUUCUGCUGGUUUCCAGUUCAGAACCAGCUGCUGCUUACUGGAACUUUGCAGUGUUGGAUCUCUGUGGUCUACACUAGGUGGUCUCGAACAGAACUUAGUGAUGUGGACUAACUAGCUUGGUUCUGAGUCAGAACUUCCUCGUGUUUAGUUCACUUCUUGUUCCCAGUUCCUUUCUGGUUUUCUGAGGUGCCACUGGAGAGAUUUCCAUGCCUAAAAGUCUCCAGCUUCCAGAACAAACAGCUAGCAGUCGUUCUUCAAGUAAACUGACUCUAGAGUUAGCUGCAAAUCCAAAUGGAGCUGCAGAUCGACCAGAACCAGCAGUCAGGUGACUCCUCCAUGUCCAAUCGCAGCUGUCCUCCGGAGGAUUCCUGCAGGGAUCCGUGUUGAUGUUCUUUGCUCAGUAUUUUAUAUCUGAGAUCCUGAUUUAAACCAAAGACUCCAGGAUGGAGCAGAUGUCUUAUGUGUUUGUGUAUAAUUGUCUAUUUUUCUACCGAUUAUUCAGAUUAUAGAUUAGUAACGUCUGUAUUUAUAUUCAUGGAUUCAUUCUGAGCUUCUGAUGCAAAAUGCUUUGAAUAAAGUUUUUGAUUCCUCUGA